AUGGACGGCUUUGGAGAUAAGACUCAGAUGCUCAAUAUGGGAAAGAAGAUCCUUGGAAAGGUCAUGAAUAAGAAUAGUGACGACCAAGGUGGAAUGGGCGGCGGUUCCUUUGGUGAUGGCGGCGGCAAGUCGAACAUGCUGAUGGGCCUCCUUGGCAACUUUAUGGGAAAGAACCGCUACGGUGGUGGCGGUAGUUCCAUGGGCGGUGGCUCCAUGGGCGGUGGCUCCAUGGGCGGCAUGGGCGGUAGUUCCAUGGGCGGCGGCAUGGGCGGCGGCAUGGGCGGCGGCUCCAUGGGCGGCGGCUCCAUGGGCGGCGGCUCCAUGGGCGGCAUGGGCGGCGGUCACCACAUGGGCGGCAUGGGCGGAAGCUCCAUGGGCGGCGGUGGCUACGGCGGUAGCUCCAUGGGCGGCGGUGGCUACGGCGGUAGCUCCAUGGGCGGCGGCUCCAUGGGCGGCAUGGGUGGAAGCUCCAUGGGCGGCGGUGGCUACGGCGGUAGCUCCAUGGGCGGCGGCUCCAUGGGCGGCAUGGGUGGAAGCUCCAUGGGCGGCGGUGGCUACGGCGGUAGCUCCAUGAACGGCGGCUCCAUGGGCGGCAUGGGCGGUGGUUCCAUGGGCGGCGGCAUGGGCGGUGGCUACGGUGGGGGCAUGUACUAA